UUGGCUCUUGUUUUUCUACCUUUCCUUCUUCCGUCUCCUCCCUUGCUGGCUGGCUGGCUGACUUUUCUCCCUGACUCAACACAGCGCCCUCCCAAACCGGCCGCCCUGGCUCUGCGGCUGGCACCCAGGAAGCUCCGGCUGGGUUAGGCCUCACCUGGGCAGCUUCGCCCAUUUUCCCCUCCUUUCCCCUCCUUUCCUUUCCUUUCCUUUCUCCCCUGCCAUGGCCAUUCCGUUGCGCCCUGCCCGAAUUCCUCGGUGGAUUUCAGGCCACCGCUCUCUGGACAAAGCCCUCGAGGGCCUGACGAAGCUGCAGCACCUGGUGAACCAACCUCGCCUAGGGCUCCGGAACAGCCCGCCUCACCUGCCCUUCCUCCUGCCCCAAACCCACCAGCACCUACGGCUGAUUCGUGAGCAGAACGGGACCCAGCUCUGGGAAGGGGAGUACUUUCAGGUCUACCUCGCCAACUUGCUGGAAAAAAUUAAACAAGCCAUCCGGCUCUUCAAGAGGGAGAAAGAGGAGAUCUUCCAAGAGGGCUCGGCCGCGAGGAGGAACCUGACCAAGCUUUCGCUGAUCUUUAGCCACAUGGUGGCUGAGCUCCAGGCCCUAUUUCCUGGCGGGAAAGACCAGGGCAGCUUGUACCAACUCAGCAAACCAGAGGCCCAGUCCUUCUGGAGGGAGACAUGGGCUGGACGGAGCCUGGUAUCCUGGGUCGAAUUUCGAGAAGGGCUCAGUCGGUUCCACCAUGUGGAUCCUGGCCCAAUGGCCAUAGCAUUGAGAUCCACCAUCGACCUCGCCUGCAACGGGCACAUCUCCAUAUUCGAGUUUGACAUUUUCACCCGCCUCUUCCAGCCUUGGUCGACGCUGCUGAAGAACUGGACGUACCUGGCAGUCACGCAUCCAGGGUACAUGGCCUUCCUCACCUAUGAUGAGGUGAAGGCCCGGCUGCAGGCGUACAGCAGCAAGCCCGGCAGCUAUAUCUUCCGACUCAGCUGCACCCGACUGGGCCAGUGGGCCAUCGGCUACGUGACGGAGGACGGGAGCAUCUUACAGACGAUCCCCCAGAACAAACCGCUCUUCCAGGCGCUGAUUGACGGACACAAGGAGGGCUACUACCUGUAUCCCGAUGGGAAGAACAUGAAUCCAGACCUAUCAGAGUUGACUGAGGUAUCACCACCAAACCGAAUUCGGGUCUCACAGGAACAGUAUGAGCUCUACUGUCAGGUGGGAUCCACGUUCCAGCUGUGCAAGAUCUGUGCCGAGAACGACAAGGAUGUCCGAAUCCAGCCCUGCGGGCAUCUGCUCUGCAGGAGCUGCCUGGAUGCAUGGCAGGACACGCAUUUGGCCUUGCCUCAGUCCCGGUGGCUGGCAGCAAAUCCUAACGGCGCCCCCGCCGCGUCCCGCCAGCUCGCCGAAGCGCACACCUGCCCCUUUUGCCGCCGGGAGAUUUGGGGCCACGAAGAGAUCGUCAUCGACCCUUUCAAGGGCAACUCCUGCCUGGAGGACGAGGGGGACGAGGGGGACCUGGAGGAUGUGGAGGACGUCUUGCAGCAGCUGGCGACCAUGCGCAGGGCUAAAGAGAUGGAGAAUGCCAUUUCCUCUCCAUGCCUGGACCCUGAGUUGCAAACCCCACCGUUACCCCCUCGGGUCAGUCUCCAGCAGCAGAAGAACGCCCCCCUGCCCAAUCCUGACUAUCAGGGUGCCCCUUCUGCCCACUGGAUCUACCAACGGCCCUUGCCAAGUCUCCCGGGAGAUUGCCCUCCGUCAUCAGUCCCGUGGGAUGCCCCAGCGACCUCCCCGUUUCACAGGGGCCAGCAGGAGCCGCAACAGCUGAGUUGAUUUCAGCGGAGACAGCGGCGGAGACAGAGCCAUCUGCACUGUUCCAUGAACUCCGCUGGCACAACAUCUGUCCCCUGCCUGCAGCAGCCUGUACCCAGCC